UUCAGGGAGGCCGCCCCGAGAUUCCGGCGAGGCCGCGGGUCCCACCUCCCGGGGGCGGGGCGAGGGCGGAGCGGGGAGAAGGGAGCGGACGGGCGCCCGGCCGGCUGCGGUCCGUGCGGAGGCUGAGCCGGCCGCGGGCGCGACCGGAGGCAGUUUCUGUUACUAUGGCAAUGACGGCAGGGACUACAACAACCUUUCCUAUGAGCAACCAUACCCGGGAAAGAGUGACUGUAGCCAAGCUCACAUUGGAGAAUUUUUAUAGCAACCUAAUUUUACAGCAUGAAGAGAGAGAAACCAGGCAGAAGAAACUAGAAGUGGCCAUGGAAGAAGAAGGAUUAGCAGAUGAAGAGAAAAAGUUACGUCGAUCACAACACGCUCGCAAAGAAACAGAGUUCUUACGGCUCAAAAGGACCAGACUUGGCUUGGAUGACUUUGAGUCUCUGAAAGUUAUAGGAAGAGGAGCUUUUGGAGAGGUGCGGUUGGUCCAGAAGAAAGAUACAGGCCAUAUCUAUGCAAUGAAGAUAUUGAGAAAGGCUGAUAUGCUUGAAAAAGAGCAGGUGGCCCAUAUCCGAGCAGAAAGAGAUAUUUUGGUAGAAGCAGAUGGCGCCUGGGUGGUGAAGAUGUUUUACAGUUUUCAGGAUAAGAGGAAUCUUUAUCUAAUCAUGGAAUUUCUCCCUGGAGGUGACAUGAUGACAUUGCUAAUGAAGAAAGACACCUUGACAGAAGAGGAGACACAGUUCUACAUUUCAGAGACUGUUCUGGCAAUAGAUGCGAUCCACCAGUUGGGUUUCAUCCAUCGGGAUAUUAAGCCAGACAACCUUUUAUUGGAUGCCAAGGGUCAUGUAAAAUUAUCUGAUUUUGGUUUGUGUACGGGAUUAAAGAAAGCUCACAGGACUGAAUUUUAUAGAAAUCUCACACACAACCCACCAAGUGACUUCUGUAAGUUUGGUUUUGUUUGUUUGUUUUGUUUUUUUCCCUGGUUAAGAUACUGUAGAGAACGGAAGGUUCUUUCCCUUUCCCCACUCCUUAAUCCACUGUGUUUUAGAUGUAUAUGUGUGAUUUUGUUUUUGUGGAGAGCAUUUUUCUCUCGUGAUUACAAUUCCAUAUUGUUGAAAUUAGCAUUUCAGAACAUGAACUCAAAGAGGAAAGCAGAAACUUGGAAGAAGAAUAGGAGACAACUGGCAUAUUCCACAGUUGGGACACCAGAUUACAUUGCUCCAGAAGUAUUCAUGCAGACUGGUUACAACAAAUUGUGUGACUGGUGGUCUUUGGGAGUGAUUAUGUAUGAAAUGCUAAUAGGAUAUCCACCUUUCUGCUCUGAAACACCUCAAGAAACAUACAGAAAAGUGAUGAACUGGAAAGAAACUCUGGUAUUUCCUCCAGAGGUACCUAUAUCUGAGAAAGCCAAGGACUUAAUUCUCAGAUUUUGUAUUGAUUCUGAAAACAGAAUUGGAAAUAGUGGAGUAGAAGAAAUAAAAGGUCAUCCCUUUUUUGAAGGUGUCGACUGGGAGCACAUAAGGGAAAGGCCAGCAGCAAUCCCCAUAGAAAUCAAAAGCAUUGAUGAUACUUCAAAUUUUGAUGACUUCCCUGAAUCUGAUAUUUUACAACCAGUGCCAAAUACCACAGAACCGGACUACAAAUCCAAAGACUGGGUUUUUCUCAAUUAUACCUAUAAAAGGUUUGAAGGGUUGACUCAACGUGGCUCUAUUCCCACCUACAUGAAAGCUGGGAAAUUAUGAAUGAAGAUAACAUUCACCCACAACCAAGAGAACUCAGGUAGCUGCAUCACCAGGCUUGCUUGGCGUAGAUAACAAUACACUGAAAUACUCCUGAAGACGGUGGUGCUUAUUGACUACAAGAGGAAAUUCUACAGGAUUAGGAUUUCUGAGACUACUACAGGAAUUGGUUGGCAGUGCCAGCUGGCUCUUUUUUUUUUAAUAUUUUAUUAUUUUUGUUAACUUUAUUAUACGAAGGUACUGGAAUAAAAGGAACGGACAUCCCUUUCUAACUGCACUGCCUACAUGCGUCUUAAGGUCCAUUCUGCCUGUGUGUGCUGUGGCUUUGAACUGUAACACCUCUAAUUAAUUCAGGAGAAACACAUAUCAUUUAAAGCAACAUAGGCUAACCUGUAGGUAACACUGCAGUAUUGAUGUUUUACUGCAAAUCUUAUGGGUCUAGAUAAUCAGUAAAAGCCAUCUUCCAUAGUUGGUGUUAGAACAUUGCCCUAUUGGUUUGGACAUCUGUAGAAUAUAUAUGAAGACAAUUUCUGUGAUGGUUUUAAGAGAUUUAAAAAGAAAUUCACUGGUUCUUUAAAAAAUAGAAUUUAUCAUCAAGUUAUUACACAAACUCCACAGUAAGGAGUGACAAGUUUAUAAUAAGGAAGAGAAAGUUUAACACCUUCACUCAAGCACUCCACUAAUAUAUUUACGUUGCAUUCAGAAAUACUGAUGACCUUUAUAUACGUAGUCUGUAUACUCAUAGGGAGAUGUACUGUAUUAUAUAACAUGUAAAGUUGAUUUUCUUGUGACAAGAGGACUUCUUUUUUUAACAAGAGGACAUGGCAUUAUUUUAAUUUGAUUAUGGUGAGUUGAAAUUAAGAAAUGACCAUGAAGGCUGCUUGUAGAAUUAGUGUAUUUUUAUUAAACUAUUUUUUUAAAUGUCAAACUUCUAUCAUGUAAAUGGACUUGCAGAGAACAAAAAGCUAUUUACUUUGGUUUUCUAGAAAGUUGUUACAUAUCAUGGCUGGUUAACUUUUAUUUCUUUUGAUGAAAAUUUUUCCUUUGAUAGUACUUGUAUUAUUGUGCCAUUAUUUUCUUAUGCUCCAAAUGUACCAAAGAUCUUGAACAGAAUGGAUGUUCACAACUGAGUAGAAUUUUCCUUUCCUGUGGGCGUGGUGUAUUCAGACCUGACAGAUCUUUGAUAGAGGUCAGCUUAUUAAAGGGCAAUAUUGUUCAUGUUUAGUUACAUCACUGUGGUGAAUAUAGAUGGAAUUAAGGAAGUAAAUGCAGGCCAGGGGGUUGUGAUGAGAGGAGAGAGAAUAUCAGCAUCAAAUUCUUUGGGUAUCUCCCUAAGAAUUAAAUAAUCUUUUCUAGCUUAAUAUUUUAAUUCUAAUUCAAACAACUCUCUGAGGUUUUGGUUUCAUUAGUAGUAGCUGAGGAAUAAUAUGCUAGCAAAGAACGGCCUAAUGUUUGUCUUAACUGUUAAUGGAUGAAAUUUUUUAAAGAUACAACCAUGAUAACCAUUAUAAAUGAUCUGUGAUCAAAAUCUAACGUGAUGAAUUAUUUGUAGGAAUGUCUUCCUAUUGGGGAAGGAUUGCAUAGGAGCAUUAUGCAAAUCUACAAAAGCUUUUAUAAAUGUUGCUGCUAGGUAGCUCCACAGUGUUUUCAAAAGACCAUCCUGCUUCCCCGAACUCUCCCAUUUUUGGUUUGUUUCUUUUUAAAUAUUUGUUGAGUACUUACGUGUUUAUCUAACAGUUCACUUCCAUUUUUUCUAGUCUGGAUUUUUUGAGUAUUUAGGGGAGAGAGCUAUUAAAAACUCUGUGGAUUUCUCAAUUUGACUAACUCUAAUUUUUCUAAUUAUAACUGCCUUUAAUUAAAUAAUACUAACUUUUGCUGAGGUUUAUGAGAUUUUCUCGCCCCACAUCACUCCCCUUUUUAAAAAAAGGACUGUUUUGCUAGUGUGAUAAUGAAUAGGUAAGAUAUGAAAUAAUUGCAACAUUGUCUAGUUCCAGUAUGGUAACUAUUCUUGAAAUGGUACUGAAAAAUACCAUUAAUUCAAAUUGACAGAGAUUGAUAAAAAGAAACUGAUUUACCUAAGUUUACUUUUUAAUUGCAUAAUAGAGCAUUUUUUUUGUUUUGAGUUCCCUCAUUCUUAUUACGAGAAAGAGCUUGCAAAUAGUUUUACUUUCUUGGCACUGGAAGGGUAGUUCUGGAAAGCUACUUUGUUGAGAGUCUCAUUCUUCCCUGGAGUUAAUAGAGUGAUUCACAAUCUUUGGGGUUUUCUCCUCAUCAAAAGCAUUUCUUAAGUGCCUAUCUAAAAGCAAUUAAAGACUGUGUCUGCCCUUUGGAAGCUAAGAAUUCAUGAUGCAAAUUAACUAGAUAAUUUGCAAAGUACCCUUGAGAUUGAAUUUUCUCUAUUACACAUUUCCCAUACUUCAGGUGAAUAAUUUAAUUUAAAUGACAAAACCCUAUCUAAUCAACUGGGCAUAAUGACAUUUUCUUUAAAUUAGACUCUAUUUUGAAUUAAAAGAGUUUUAUUAUAAACUGUGUGUUUUUGGUUUUUCUAAGUAUAUAGAAAGCUUGUAUAAUUCAGAUUUAUCGAUUUCCUGAUUUAAUGUAGACUUUGACUUUUUUAUUAAAAACCUUUGUAUUAAAGCAAGUUAUGUUAUUUUUCUUUUAUGCAUUUAUUACUAAUAGCUUUAAAUCUUUAAAUGUAUUGAAGCAUUGUGCUGUCUGAAAAUAAGGAAUUGCUUAUAAACCAGCCACUUCUGAAUACAGUAUAUAGCUGAUUUAAUAAGCUAGUUAGUGAAUGGCAAAUAAGUGUGGAGUAUUAAAAAUGUUCUUUGGUUGGUAAGGCCUAAGAUAGGGUUUCAUUUAUUUCUAUACUUUUUCUGUUUUUUAAACACCUGCAUAUUUUUGUGUAAAUCUCUAAAUUUAAAAUAUUUUUAAGUACAUUUAUUUUUGGUGUUUUAUUGUAUACAACCUUAGACAUUCAAUCAGUCAGUCCUUCCUGACAGGAGCAGCAGCUAUCUGUCUUUUGCUGAUCUACAAAUAAAUGAAUUGAGAAUUUAGUCUGUAGAGGUCCCUGGCUACCAAACACAUUCUCCUUUGAAUUGUUAAAACUUAGAACAUUCAAAAUAACUGUUUUGCUACAACCAUGAUUAUUUUCCUGCUGUCUUUAUUUAUUUUCUCUUUAGAAGUGCACUUAUUUCUGAAAAAUCUGAAUGAAACAAAUGCUUAGAACAAACAUAAAUAUAAGACACUUGGGACUACUAGAGAUAUUUUAGAUUUUUAUGAAAAAAUGGGAUAUUGCUGCUUUAAAAAGGAAUAAAGUAAUAAAAAUAUCUUAGCUAUUUUUUUAAAGCAAUAUAAUUCAGCAAUUGUCUAGAAAAGUAAUCAUCAGGCUACUGAGUUUGGUGUUCAGUUACUGAGUUUCAAAAAUGUUUUGGUGGCAUGAGGACUUUUUCAUUGAAGGUAAGAUAAGAAUAAAAACUAUGUUUACAAAA